UGUACUGCUUUUGGGCUUAUCUAGCUUUUGGGCUGCUUGGCCCAUGAGAUUUAGUCCUGCCCUGUAAACAACAGUACAAGAUUCACCUUCUGCUUGCCUGUCAGCCCAGCCACAUCUCACACAGGUACAUGCCCUUCAUUCCUCUUGAGCAGCCAAGCGUGCUUUCUCCAUUUGCUGUUCUCCCAUUUUUCCUCUCCCACAGCAGAUCAGCUGCAGGUCAUUUCGCAGGUCCCUGUGAUUUGCUUUACUCUCUGGAGUCUGCUCCUUUGCUGCUCUCUGUCUCGAGCCCCAGACAUGCUUGGAAGUGUUUGACAGAAUCCAUUAAGAAGGGUAAUGCAGCAAUUCUGAUAAACUAGCAAGAUGAGUUUAAAAGGAAAUGGGUGAUGCUUCAGCUGAAACUGGUGCAUGGCAGCUAGCCCUCACAAGGAGGGAUGAGAAGCAAAGGGGUUACAGUUUUCUCAGGAAAAUUCAUUUAUAGAAAUUGCUGGAUCAUUAACUCCCCACAGGUCCCUAUCAUUUAGAAAAACUUUUUACUUCUUUGUAACUUUUGGUGAGGGAAUCCAGUGUUUCUUUUCAAAAACACAUGGAUGAGAUGGCAUCUCUUCUCUCGAGCACCCAGGAUGGUAUAGCUGGCAUUAGGGGCUGGAUUGUUUGCAGGCAGAGCUUCAUUAUGUUCUUUCUAAGAACUUUGACACUGAUGAGCAGUGCAAGUGAGGAACACAUCUUUCUGUUUCAUUUUGUUCUGACACAGCAACCUUGUGGCUAAGUCACUCUGCUGUGCUUUCUUUGUGUGCUAACUUAGGAUAAUAAUUCACCUUUUGACUGCUGGGGUUGGUUCAGAAUGGAGCUCGCCUUGAGGCAAAUGCUUUUGGAGAAAGUGAGAUGAGAUCCUUAGCUCUGUCACUGCAUCUCAACAGAAUGAGACAGUAGAUGCCACCCUGUGCAACAGGGGCAAAGCAAAGCAGGCAGCAGUGUUUAUAUAGUACCUUCUGCUGGUCCCCAAACCAGUCUCACUGGGAUCAUAUUUUGUGCAAAGGGAGAAGCAUUCUUUACUACUAAUCAGGGGCAAGGGAAAGUAGGGAGGCAUGCCAAGCAGCCUGCAGUCAGCGUCAACACAUCGCAGGCUUCUUGAAGUCCCACUGCAUGGAACAGCUCCAGUUGUUCAGUGCUUUGUUUUCCCUUUAAUACACUUCAACCCAGCAUCUCCAAGUCAGAAUUCAAUGUGUUGAUCCAUGGGGUUGGUUCAAGACACAUUGAAACAAUACUAAAAACAAAAGCCAGUAACUACCAGCUGGUCUUGUAGCUGUAGAUACAUUGGCAAAGUGUGAUGUUAUUGCAUAGCUGCAACCUGUGUCCCCAGUUACUGUAAAGGGAAAGCCAGGCAUACUGGCAUUCCACAGUGAGGUUUAUCACAGCUUGCAGAGAUCCAGAUCCGAGUACAAAUUGAGUCCAGAGCUGUUUAGACACAGAGGCUGAAGGUCUGAGUUGCUCGUAUCCAGUACUGGUGGCCAAAAAUUUUAUCUUUUCCUUUUGAGUCACCCAGCAUUGGCCAGAGGUUGGUGCAAACCUGGUGGCCUGUUCUAGUCAAUGUUAUGCUCCCAAGUGGAAUUCAGCUAACUAGAAGAGACACAGACAUUUCCUACGAUUACUGGGGGUGAACAGCAUGUUAUUGGAGAAUCCCAAACCCUCGCUGUCGCUGCAGGUCUGGUGCAUGGAAAGCCCAGAGGCACAGAAGUAUCCCACUCAAGCAGCCAAGUGUUAACAACCUCUCCAAAGUCUAAUUUGCCUUUGAUAUAGACUUAAUUGUUUGCGUCACCCACUGGGCUAGGGGGAGGGCUAUAAAAGGGGCUGCAGCCAUUGUCUGAGGCAGAAGAGAGCCCAGAAACAGCUCCCUCUCCCAGUCUUCCUAAUUCAGCACCGUAGUCACAGCCUGUGCAUCAUGCAGCUGAUGGCCAGCCUGGUGUCUGUUCUGCUGCUGGUGUGGAGCGUGAGAGCCACGGCGCUGCCUGGAGAAGAGAGACUCGCGUUACAGAACAGCAGGGAGCAGACCAAGCUGCGCAGGGAUGCCCUGCUGAAGAUGCUGGCGGGGCUCCUGGAGAGCGCAGACGUGGCCUCCCCAGACCUGGAGGAGGAAGGCAAGCUGGAGGAGGAGCGGGCGGCGCUGGGGCGGCUGGCUCAGCUCUCGCAGCGGGACCGCAAGGCGCCCUGUAAAAACUUCUUCUGGAAAACCUUCACCUCCUGCUAGUGCUGCCCUGCUGGGCUGCCCGCCUGCCUGUCACCACACACCCCAUCCCCUCAGCUCCUUCCCUGUCCUGCACACCUGAGAAUAAA